AUGUCGCCACUUCGGGAGACGCUCCUCUGGCUAUUGUUUAUGCAGAUUACGCAGAUUCAUGUGAGUUUUGUUUUUUUACAACCAUCGUUUUUGCUUUUGUUUACUAAUUUGUAGUUCCAAUUUAUUUGGAAUUAAUUUGUUGCAAAAAGUUAGCAAACUAGAGAAACAAUUGUUACUAACCUAUUGUAUUUGACAUUAGAAUGACUCGAAAAGUGUAGGGAUCGACGUAAGCCCGAGGGAUAUCUAAAUCUUUUAUCCAUGUGUAGUAAGAGCAAAACUGAGAGUAGACUCUGUCCUAAACCAAAUUACUGCAGUAUAUUACUGCUUUAAUAUUACUGAUUUAUAGUCUAAUUUAAUUUGUUACUCUAUAGUAUUUGCAUAUUCUAAUUUGGUUUAUAAAAUUUUAAUUUUUUGAGUCCCCACUCUCGAAACAGCAUAAAGACACAGGUCGUGAACAAAGCACUCCCAAUUUAACCGACCAACUCCUGGAAGUUGCCACUUUCACUUUCCAAUAUUACACUAGGUGAACUGAAUUGAAUGACGUUGGAAAAUAAGGUCGUCUUUUCGUAAAAUGAUCGGGAAUUUGAUUCGAAACGUUGUUUUGAACCUUGAUUAUUCGAUUACCAAACAUCGCACGACGAAUGUUUGAUCAAGCGCGCCGAUCUCGACACUUUUCGUUUUCUCUACAAAGGGUUGUAAUAAUCAUACUUUAAGGUCGGCAGUUGACUAUCUCCGAGAGUAUAAUUUGCUAACUUGAGAUCAUUCUAACCUAAGGUCAUAAUAUAGGUUUCCUUUUCGCUCAUAAGAUGGACUCGAAUUCAAAUAUACUUAAGCUAAUGUCAAGAGAGCCCGGUACAAUAUAAAUUCAAGUGCUCUUGAUGGGUUUCCAAAUGUAGGCGGUAACUAACAGUGCAACUCACACUGUUGAUCUAGUUGUAACUUUAACAUCAUUUGACUACAAUUUUUUUACCCAUAUUUAAGGGUACAAUUUAAAUCUCAAGUUAAUAUCUUGUGAUUUUAGUAAAAGUAAGAUUCGGAAAUGUGAGCAGAACCUCGUAGGCUUGUCCAAACUUCUCAGGGAUUCGUGGUGAGGCAGAAAAUUACAAAAAUCUUUGAUAAAAAAAAUAAAUCGAUUAGUUUUCAAAUUGUAUUACUAUAGGUAGUCUCAGCUCCAAAUUUUUAUAAAUUACACUAAAAUCACGCUACUUUUUUACACCAGGCGCUCAUACUUUUGAUCUCUGCCCUUGCUCUUAUCUAAAUUUAUCCCCGGAUCUUCUCAAAUCCCACAUGAUCCAGUCCAUUAACGCCUUUUUUCAUUCCUUCCCAUCUUUUAUUUUUGCAAAUAUCUUUUGGAACCAAUUCAAUUUCUUUAAACCGGAAAUAUUCGGAGAGAAUUGAUCUCAAAAUUUGUUUUGAUGUUAUUCUAGGGGAGUUGCAAAGCAACCUUUCCGGUCAUCAUCCAUCUCCAAGCCCUUAGGGCUUGUCUACAAUUAAUUGAGCCAUAAAUCAGGAAAUGUAACAAGCUUUAAAGCGGAGUAAAAGCCGUACACACAAGAAAAAGGCGGUUGUAAACAAUAAAAAGCUAUCAAUCUACACGUAAACUUAGAAUACAGUAAUUUCCAAAUUUGUAAAUAUUAUUCAAGGCCUCGAAAAUAGGUUAUACCAACUUAGAAAGGCUUAAUCUUUACCUCUAUGCCAUUUACUAUCCAAAAAGACUGUGAACGCAGAAAUAGCAGGCUGCAGACAUUUCUAGUGUAACAUUCAGGUCUAGUGUACUAUGGGAUUAUAGACCGCAGAUUAAGGGGAUUAGCUGCACGAGUACAACUGACCAUUUGCUACUACGAUUCUAACGCUAUAAAGAAGAAACCCCAACCAAACAUUACUCUCGGGACGUUCGGAUAAUACCAUUGUGAUGUCAUUCUUUGAAGAAACUACAAAUCUUUUGUGACCAAUCCUCAAAAUCUUAAAUAUAUUCUAAUUCUUAAAUUGUUUCAGGCGUCUCCCUUCCUGGACGUUUAUCUCCGAGUAGAGCCAACCGAUGACUUUUGUGGCCCCAGGCAAUGCAAUAUCAGUUACGCCAUGUCAGUUCUAUUAUCACAGAACCAUUUUGAUCUACAGGUAAGAAUACUGAACCCUUGAAAGAUGCUCUCUACGCAGCAGUCGUACUAGAACAACAUCUGAACCUCAUGUUUCAGAGUGUAAUGUUACAAGAGGGUUCAAUGAUGAGGAUAAACGAUCGCAUCUUCCAAGACAAUACGGUCAUACGACUAUCGCCGGAUGUCCUCGAAAGCGACAGAAUUUAUCUAGGAUUAUCACUUUUGGAUGUGCCUGAGGACAUGCAAAGUAAGGAGAAAAAAAGAUUUAUAUGGAAUACAUGAGGGUCAAGAGUGUAAAAAAUAUUUUUAGAAUACAUAGUCGCUGAUGUCAGCGAUGUGAUCUCGAAAGGGCGCAAAUCUAGGAUGGAGUUCACAACAGAGACAGCCAAAGUUACAUUGGUCAUCUACAAGAGAUCAGAGGUUUCAUUCCGUAAGUUUAGAGCAAUUUUUGAGUAUAAUUUUGAUUAGAGGCAAUCCAAGAGAGAUCAAGACUGUCUAACAGGCAUAAUCUUUGAGAAAGCCCUUCUUAUUUAUUUUUUUUGGAAAGAAGCAAGACCCCGCAUUAAAACAGUUCGAAAAAUGACUUUUUCUCGACUUCGAACUCCGAAAAAAACUAAAGCCAAUCCAAUUUUUCAGAUUCCGAAGACCGAAUAGAAGUCGAGAACCACAAUCCCUGGGAGAUCACAGACCAGAAACAACAGAAAAAACUGCUCGAAGAAGGAUGCCAUUGUGAGGGGAAAGAUUGUGGGUGUUGUCGUCAUUUGACGGUCCGAAAGAUCCAUCUGGACGAUGACGUUUGCCUCAACAUGACCUACAUUCCUCAAGAUCUGGGGGUUCGAGUGUCGAUGAGUGUGGACGGCCGGGUCUACUACAACAAGGAGAUCUCGGGUGAGUGAUCUGGGCUGUGUUCUAGAGCAAAACAAACAUGAUCUCCGAACAGUUUACGCGGGAGGAUGACGUCGUUUACAAAAUUUGUCCUUUUUGUUGGUCAACAAACAAAACUGGGUCAUUGAGUCGAGUUCAAGGGAUUUGUUGCGAUUUUUGUAACGAAAAUGCAAAGCCUUCAAAACUUUACAAUUAGCGGAAAUUGGAGGAAAUAUCGCGCCUUCCCAUGCCCUUAAGCAGUGGCCCGAAUGUCAAUGGACAUUUCGUGUCUCUCGUAGGCGUCGCAAUUCCUUUGUUUAUCGCUGCACAGUGCCUACAGUACCCAUCCGGCCACUUUACAGUAAAAAAAAAUACUCUCAUCCAGGUGGAAACAUUUCGUUGAAAUUCCCGUAAUUCCGACGGAAAAACAAAAAUUUACGUGGUUGCCCCGAAUUAGACAUUAAGUGUAGGAGGUAAACAACCAAAUUACACAUGCCACAUUACACAUACAUAUAUAUAUAUAUUAUGUAUGAGAUUAAAGAUUUCGUGGGAUAAUUGGAUAAAUUAAGGCAAUCAAAGAGAGAUUGGUCUGGGUGAAAAGUGAUCAGCCUGAUCUCUGAACUUUGUACUUGACCCCGACUUUCAAAAAAUCCCCAUUUUCUAAUGGGAAUUCCAAAAAAACUAACCAAAAAUAUUUCUCCGACCACCUGCGUCAGGAUUACGGUAGACUGGUACCGAAUGCUGUCGAAAUAACAGAUUUACGACCUUGUUUGCAGAGAAAGGACAAGGCCGAAUUAUGAGUCAGAUCAGGGCACUUCCUCCUCAUUUUUUAGACAUUAUAUUAGACUUGUUUUCGUUUGCGAAGACCAAGUUUUAAUUCCAAUCGCCUGACCUAAAUUCCCACGUGAUUAGAUUAUUUCGGCGUCGCUGAAUAAAACCCCUUCAGGGGUUUAUAAAUAAAUGAAGAAAGAAACGCAGUGUUUACACUUUCCCUUAUACAGUAGAGUAAGGGGAAAACAACUACCGAGUAGCGGAAAGAGCAAAGUUAGGGUGAUCGAAAGACAGCGCCAAUCAAAAGAGUAAUUGUAGUUUACAGUAGACCAAAAUGACGAAAGCCGAGUGAUUAUAUUAUACCAGGUUACUCAUACCAGGAAACGAAAACAAGGAAGGUCAAAACAACUCCGCUCGCCCAAUAAUUCGAAUACGUUGAAGAGACUUUAAUCCUGUUUAUUACUACCCAAAUUUUAUUGCGUAACCAGCGACAGUUUGACCUGUGUGGGAUCGAAUGUUUUCGAUAGAGGGACAGUCAAAUUGUAACAAACAACAUUCCAUCCACAACUGAAAGAACGAAAAAAAAUGUUCUUUGGAAUGGCAUCAUCCUCCCAAUCUUGCUCACAAUAAAAAAAAAGUUCGAAAACGUACAUAAAAGUUUAGUUUUAAUGUCUACUACAAUAUACUAAAUGCCAAUUUCAGUGACAGAGAGCCUUCCCAUAUGCUUCGCGGUACCUCACCUCCGAGAAUAUGCGAGUUUAUGUAUCAAAAUGUACAAUGUAAGUUGCCUUACAUAAACAAAAAGGUGAUCUGUUAUAAAUAAUAUCCAAAUUCCUAACUAAUCUAUUCAAAUUUAGUUCGAAGAACACGACAAACACGUAUCCUUCUGUACGGAGUUGGAAGCCCGACUGUACCAUCUGAAGAUCGCCCGGAAAAAGAUUGGCUGCAUGAAAGUGCCCAUCUAA